CCGAGCCGGCCUAAGGGUUGGGACCUCGGCGGCAGGUCUGCCCGGGCCAGACGCGCGAGCGCAGGCGGCGGCUGCAGGUUGCGGGCGCCCCCCUUCUCGGCUUCCCCACCCCCGGCCCCGACCCUCCGAGCGUCCCCGCCGCGUCUCGCCGCCAUGCGCUUCGGCCGCCUAGCGCUGCUCCCGGGCGUGGCGCUGCUGCUCGCCUCGGCCCGCCUCGCCGCCGCCUCCGACGUGUUGGAACUCACGGACGAAAACUUCGAGAGUCGCGUCUCCGACACGGGCUCGGCGGGGCUCAUGCUAGUCGAGUUCUUCGCGCCCUGGUGUGGACAUUGCAAGAGGCUUGCCCCUGAAUAUGAAGCUGCAGCAACUAGAUUAAAAGGAAUAGUCCCGUUAGCAAAGGUGGAUUGCACUGCCAACACAAACACCUGUAAUAAGUAUGGAGUCAGUGGCUACCCAACCCUUAAAAUAUUUAGAGAUGGUGAAGAAGCAGGUGCUUAUGAUGGGCCUAGGACUGCAGAUGGAAUUGUCAGUCACUUGAAGAAACAAGCAGGACCAGCUUCCGUUCCUCUCAGGACUGAGGAGGAAUUUAAGAAGUUCAUUAGUGAUAAAGAUGCCUCGGUUGUGGGUUUUUUCAGGGAUUUAUUCAGUGAUGGGCACUCCGAGUUCCUGAAAGCAGCCAGCAACUUGAGAGAUAACUACCGAUUUGCACAUACCAACAUUGAGUCUCUGGUGAAGGAAUACGAUGAUAAUGGAGAGGGGAUCACUUUAUUUCGCCCUUCACAUCUUGCUAACAAGUUUGAAGACAAAACCGUGGCAUACAAUGAACAGAAAAUGACCAGCGGCAAGAUUAAAAAGUUUAUUCAGGAAAACAUUUUUGGUAUCUGUCCUCAUAUGACAGAAGACAAUAAAGAUUUGAUACAAGGCAAGGACUUACUUACAGCUUACUAUGAUGUGGACUAUGAAAAGAAUGCUAAGGGUUCCAACUAUUGGAGAAACAGGGUGAUGAUGGUGGCAAAGAAAUUCCUUGAUGCUGGACACAAACUCACCUUUGCUGUAGCUAGCCGUAAAACCUUUAGCCAUGAACUGUCCGAUUUUGGCUUGGAAAGCACUACUGGAGAGGUUCCUGUUGUGGCUGUCAGAACUGCUAAAGGAGAGAAGUUUGUCAUGCAGGAGGAGUUCUCGCGGGAUGGCAAGGCUCUUGAAAGGUUCCUGCAGGAUUACUUUGAUGGCAACCUGAAGAGAUACCUGAAAUCUGAACCUAUCCCAGAGACUAACGACGGGCCUGUCAAGGUUGUGGUAGCAGAAAAUUUUGAUGAAAUAGUGAAUGAUGCAGAUAAGGACGUACUGAUUGAGUUUUAUGCUCCUUGGUGUGGUCACUGUAAGAAUCUGGAACCCAAAUACAAAGAGCUGGGAGAAAAACUCAGCAAAGACCCAAAUAUUGUCAUAGCCAAGAUGGAUGCCACAGCCAAUGAUGUGCCUUCUCCAUAUGAAGUCAAAGGUUUUCCUACCAUCUACUUCUCACCAGCCAACCAGAAGCUAAAUCCAAAGAAAUAUGAAGGUGGCCGUGAAUUAAAUGAUUUUGUUAGCUAUCUACAAAAAGAAGCUACAAACCCUCCUAUAAUUCAAGAAGAAAAACCCAAGAAGAAGAAGAAGGCGCAAGAGGACCUCUAAAGCAUUAGCCAAAUGCACCACUUUGUAAAAGGACUCUUACACCAGAGAUGGCAAAACCAUCAGAGGACAGAGUGAUACAUUCUGAAUCCUGUUAAAUUUUCUCUAAACUGUUUCUUAGCUGCACUGUUUAUGAAAAUACCAGGACCAGUUUAUGUUUGUGGUUUGGGGAGAAAAUUAUUUGUGUUGGGAAGAAUGUUGUGGGGGUGGGGGGAAUUAAGUUGGGGGUUAUUUUCUAAUUUUUUUUUUGUACAUUUGGAACAGUGACAAUAAAUGUGCCCCCUUUAUACUGUCGGUUUUUUUCCCCUCUUGGAAUGGAGAAUCGGGGUCUCUGUUACUGUAGAACUUUCUUUGGGCUAGAAAUGUUUGGUCUGUGCUGUUCAAUGCUUUUAUCUAAGCCAGGCAUGUUGACACACACCUGUAAUCCCAGCACUUCAUAGAUGCAGGCAAGAGAUCCAAAGUUCAAGGUCAUCCUUGGCUACAUGGCAUGUUUGAGGCUAGCACCUUAAGCUAUAGGAAAUCGCAAUCUUUUUAAAGCUUUAUAAUACUUAUGCCUAUCCCCAUAUCUUUGGACUGGCUGGGUCCCAUUACCAUCUCUAAAUCGUUUAAAUUUCUUAAUUUUCUUCCGUAGCCCAGGCUGGCCUUGAACUUGUGACAGUCCUUCCUCCCUAGGCCCCAGGUACUGAGAUUACAGUUGUUUCUGGCCUUGUUCAUGUCCUAAAGACUGCUUAUCCCUGCCAUGCAGCCAAGUUUCUGCAUGUUCAUACCUAAGAGCUGUUCUCUGCCUAGAAAUGCCUUGUGUGAGCGACAUUAGUUUGUGUGAGGAGCUGUCGGCACUCGCAGCUCUCCCUAAGUCCUUGGGUGUAGACAUUAACUUUCCUCCAGUGAAACAGAAACAGUGUAAUCCUGGCAAGAACAAGAACCUAAAGAUCUGUUUUCUUUUGAAUGGAUUAAAGCAUUGCCCUCUUUUUAUAGCUAAA